AUGUCUUACGAUCCUCAUAAUCCAUUGACUGUUUCACUACCUUAUAAUUUUAUUAAUCAUGAUUAUCCAACUGAAAUUAUGGCAAAUAGAUUUAAUGCUUGGAGAUCUACUAUAAAAGAGUUGGUUAAUUAUUUUAAAGAAUAUUCUAGUGUUCAAGAAGAGAUUAUUAGACAACAAGCAAGAUUACAACAGGCUGUUGGUUCAGUUACUAGAAGUGGUCAAUUAAUUAAUCAAAGUUCUUCUUCUGCAAGUAUUCGUUCAAAUUCAAACCAUCAUCAUCAUGGCAAUAAUAAUAGUAAUACUCCAAAAGAUGAUUAUGAAGCCAUUUCUAAAUUUUUUUUACCAGUCGGUAAUGGUUCAAUUCAGGAUGUCCCCAGAAUAUUAUUUAAAUAUCAUCAACAAAAUGCAAUUAAUGGUUCGAAAACAUUAAAGGAAAUAAAUAAUAUUAUUAUACCAAAAUUAGAAGAAUUAAGAAAAGAUUUAUUAAUUAAAAUUAAAGAAAUUAAUAAUUUACAAAAUGAUUUUAAAAAUAAUUUAAGUAAAGAAUUAAAUGAAACCAAAACUUUAAUAUCUCAAUAUAAUCAAUCGAUUGAAAUUUCAAAUAAAUUAGAUAAUGGAUCAUUAAAGAAUAACUCCACUCAUCAUCACUUAAUUGAAAAUUCUUCAAGUUCAUCUGAAAGUUUCAAAUUUGAUCCAUAUUUAGUUAAAAUUAAAUUAGAUCGUCAAUUGAAAAAACAAUUAGUUGAAGAAAAUUAUUUAUAUGAUGCUUAUGCAAAUUUACAAAAUGCAGGUAAACAAUUAGAAUCAAUUGUUGUAUUAGAAAUUCAAAAUUAUUUGUCAAAUUUCUUAAAUUUAGUAAAUGAAGAAAAUUCAACAUUUAGUAAAUUUUUAUUACCAAAUAUUUCAAAUGGGUUUUUAGGUAAAGAAUCAAAUUUUGAAUGGGAUGCAUUUAUUGAAAGAAAUUUACCAAGUAUUAAUAAUAUAAGUUCAAUAAAUAAUUCAAAUUCAGUUGUUAAAAAUGGUACAUUUAUUGAUUUAAAUAUUCCAAAACGUCAAAUGAAUGAAUUUUUAAUUAAAAAUUUUGAUUCAAAUUUAAAUAUAUCAAUUAGAGAAGGUUAUUUAGAAAGAAGAUCAAAAUUUUUAAAAAAUUAUUCAAGUGCAUGGUAUGUUUUAACAUGUUCAUUUAUUCAUGAAUUUAAAAGUAAUGAUCGUAAAAAAGAUCCAUUACCUGUAAUGUCUUUAGCUUUAGAUUCAUGUACUGUUUCUGAUCAUUCAAAAGAUGAUGGUAAAUCUGAUGGGAUUUAUAAAUUUAUUUUAACUUCAAGAUCAUCAAAUACUUUAAUGAGUAAAACUCAUAAAUGGGUAUUUAGAACAAAUACUUUUAAAAAUAUGAUUGAUUGGUUUAAUGAUAUUAAAAAAAUGACAAGUUUGCCAACUCCAAGUUCAAGAGCAAGAAGUUUAGGAAAUAAUAAUAAUCAUAAAUCUAAUACAAUUACAAGUACAAGUAGUUUAAAUAAAGUUGUUUCUAGAAAUUCAUCAAUUAGAUCACCUGCAAAAUCAAUUAGAACGCAUACAUCUGAAUCAAAUCAACAAUAUCAACAACAACAACAACAACAACAACAACAACAACGUAGAACAAAUUCAGUUAAACAAAGACCAUUAUCACAAGCUACAUCCAUUGCAAAUGCAAAUAGAUUAUCUCUGACUUUUUCACAACGUAAUAAUCAAAGUCCAAGAUUAACAAAUAUGAUAAAUAGUGAUGGAACAAUAAUAACACCAGUUGAUACUCAUGAAGAUUUAAAAAAAUAUCCAACUAAUAAUUCAAAUAAAUAUAGUAUUGAUCAAUCAUAUCCACAACAACAAAAUUCAUAUGUUCCCUUUAUAUUACAAGGUCAGCAAUCACCUCCAAUUCAACAUAAUCCAAAUUUCCAUUUAAUUCCAGUUGAUUCAAUGGGUUCAAGUGGUCAACCACUAUUAGUACCACAGCAGCAACCUCCUUCAUCACAACCUCCUUCAUCACAACCUUCUCAAUCACAACCACCAAGUGGGUAUCAAUAUUAUAUUGCAGCAAAUGCUCAACAAGCACAACAAUUUUAUGAUCCAGUACAACAACAAUACUAUACAAUAACUCCAAGUGUACCAAUACAACAAAAAUCAAAUCAAAAUCAAAAUAAUCAACCACAACCACAAUAUUUUCAAACAACUUCAUCACCUCAACAGUUGAGUACUUCACCAAUGGCUCAACCGAAUUAUUUCCCUCAAUUUAUUCAUGCUCAACAAUUACCUUAUCCAACACUGAUUAAAGCAGAUAUAGAAAGUCAUGAUAAUAGUGUAGUUAAUGAUGAGGAAAAGAAUGAGGAUCAAAAAAAUGAUAAUGGUCAUAAUGUACCUGCUAGACAAUUAUCUGCUGAUGAAGUCUCUACGUUAAAGAGUGAUGAUGCCAAUACUUAUCAUUUAAAUAAUAUUGCAAAUAAUGAUGAUAAAGGAAGUAUUAAUAUUGUAAUAUCAAAUGAAGAUAAUAAAUAG